CGUGCCGGCCAUGCCGCGGUCCCGCCGAGCCCCGCGCCGUGGCCCCGGCAGCGCCCGGGCGGGCUCGACCGCUAGCGAGGAGGAGGAGGCCAGCAGCGAGGUGCUGAGCCACUGCAGCAGCGCCAGCGAGGGAACGAGCCCCGCAGAGGAGGCCGCAGGGAGCGAGGCGGCGGAUGAGGCAGGCCAGGAGGAGGAGGCAGAGGACAGGCUGAAGGAGCACAUGGACAACCUCCUGGACAAGAGCGCCAAGGCGAGGCAAGUGGCACUGCAGAGCCUGCGCCUCGCUUUCUCCUCCAAAACCCUCUACGACUUCCUGCUGGAGCGCCGGCUCACGCUCACCGACUCCCUGGAGAAGUGUCUCAAAAAAGGUAAAGGGGAGGAACAGGCACUGGCAGGCACUGUCCUCACCCUCCUCUGCCUCCAGAUGGGCUCUGGCCCGGAGGGGGAAGAGGCAUUUCGCAGCCUGAAGCCCCUGUUCGUCAGUGUCCUGACAGACAGCACAGCCAGCCCCAGCGCCCGGCAGAGCUGUGCCACAGCCCUGGGCAUGUGUUGCUACAUUGCUGCUGCUGACCUCGAGGACCUGAUCUCAUGCCUGUCCUGUUUGGAGGGCAUCUUCAGUCCCCCCAGUGCAGGUGGGGGCGGCUCAACACCCACCCAGCACGGCCCUCUGCACUGCAGCGCGCUCCAGUCAUGGUCCCUGCUCCUCACUAUCUGUCCCCCCUCCCACAUCAAGAGCAUCUUGGACAAUUGCUGGCAGAAGCUGCCCCUUCUGCUGUCCAGCAGCAGUGUCACACUGCGCAUCCUGGCUGGGGAGGCCAUCGCGCUGCUCUUCGAGCUGGCCCAGGACAUGGAGCUCCCCCUGGGUUUUUGGCAGGAGGACUUGUGCCACCAAGAUACAGAGUUCCUGUGCACCCAGCUCAAGGUCCUGGCUACCGAGAGCAACAAGUACCGAGCCAAGACAGACCGACGGAAGCAACACUCCAUCUUCCGGGACAUCCUGCGCUUCAUCGAGAGUGGGGAGUACCAGGAGGAGACAGUCAGAUUUGGCUUGGAGUGCAUGUACCUGGACAGCUGGGCACGCCAGCGGACCUACCAAGCCUUUAAAGAAGUGCUGGGCUCCGGCAUCUGCUACCAGCUCCAGAACAGUGAGCUGAUACGGGAGAUCUUCGGCCUUGGGCCCCCCUUGGUGCUGGAUGCAGCUGCUCUGAAAGCCAGCAAGGUAUCCCGCUUUGAGAAGCACCUCUACAACUCGGCUGCCUUCAAAGCCCGCACAAAAGCCCGGAGCAGGGUGCGGGACAAGCGGGCGGAUGUGCUGUGAUGGGUGGAGAGGGGCAGAGCCCCCAGCCCACCUGGACUGCAGACCCAGCACUGUGAGGGGCAAGUGUCCCCAGCCCUUGACCUUUUAUUCAUGUACAGCAGAGUAAUGCCUGGAGCUGCCCCGCCUGGGGCUGCCCCCUCUUUUAUUUUUUUAACCAAAAAGGAUAAAAGAGCAGGGGGGGAGGCAAUGGUGUGCUGCUGUGUGCCUGCUCUGAGGCUGGGGCUCUGUGUGGCACUGUGAAGGGAGGAGGUCUCACAGGGCUCUUGCAGCUCCUUUCGGAGGCAGGGCUUGUGUUUCCCCACCCUGGUCCUGUGGGGACACUGGGAUGGCCUGGCACAGAGCUCUUCCCCAGCUACCCCCUGCCAUGCUGGCACAGCCCCUGCCUCCAUGUCCGGCCUGGCACCCAGGGGUGGUGGCAGAGCAGUGUGGGGCAGCAGUCUCUGCCCAGCCCUGCCAGCUGCCUGCUUCGAGCCCUUUUCCAGCCAAUGCUUUAUAUAAAUAAUCCUUUUGUGAGAAAUUAACUAUAGGGGGGUGGCACAGAGGGUGAGUCCUGGUGCUGCCUGUGCAGCCUUGGGGACCACUGCCUGGGCAUGCACGGGUCUGCACCAGCUGGGAGCACCUGCCACCCUGGGAAUGUAUCUAUGGUGGUGAUUUUCUAAGACUUUGAUUACAGAAUGUUAUUAAAAGGCUA